UGUGGUAUCUGUUUACAAGAAUUUUCAGCUAUUGAAGAACUAGCCAAACAUAUUUCAACUCACGAUUUACAUCAUGCAUUUCGGUGCAACUUUUGUGAAAAUGUGUACUCUGAUAUUAUAGAACUACAAGAACAUGUUGUUUCACAUAGUAUUGAUACCCCAUACUUAUGUGGUAGAUGUGACAGAAGGUACAACUCCAGCACUUAUUUGAUGCUUCACCAAUCUUAUAACAUUAAUAUCAAAAAUUUUAAACAGUGUGGAUUUUGUCAUAAGAAAUUUUCACAUCGUGAUAAAGUAUCUUGGCAUUUCCGUAAAAUCCACAAGGAAGGCCAAAACCUGUUUUUCUGUAAACAUUGUUGUAAACUUUAUCCAAUCAGUGAACUGAAAGACCACGUGAAGGGACAUUCUAUAGAGGAAAGAAUGCACUGUGGAUUCUGUGAAAAGGAAUUUACACAUGAUGUUGAAGUAUCACGCCAUCAAAAAGUUCAUCACAGGAAAAAUAUUCAGUGUCCAUUUUGCGCCAAAGAAUUCAUGAAUCAAGAAAGAUUACAGAGGCAUUAUCAGUCUCACACCGAUGAAGAGAUGUGUAAAUGUGGUAUAUGUGGUGUGACCCUGGCAGCUAAAAGUAGCGUGAUGAGACAUUAUGAAGCUAUUAAUACACAAACAUUUGAAUGUGAAACAUGUAAUGAGUCUUUCGGUCAUCAAUACUUGUUGAAAUUGCAUCGCAAGUGUCACACUGGGGACAAACUUAAAUGUGAUCUUUGUGAUUUCAUUUGCUAUGGAGAGGGAGCGCUUCGUCUUCAUAAAAGAAGAGCUCAUGAUAUUAAAAUAGAUAUGAAAUGUGAAGUUUGUGAUGAAGUUUUCUCUACCCACAAGGCUUAUAUGUCCCAUCUCAAGUCAUCACAUGAUGGUUAUUUCCCGCAUCCCUGUCCAGACUGUCCGAAGAAAUUCUUUGAAAAAAAAUCUCUUUCUAAUCACGUUAAAAAGUUUCACACACCUGAUGCCAAGUUCAGAUAUACUUGUAAAACAUGUAGUAAGGGGUUUGAUUAUAAAGGUUCAUUCACUACUCAUCUUCGUUUACAUUCUAAUGAUCGUCCAUUUGUAUGUGAAGUGUGUGGGAAAGGUUUCAGGAAUAAGAUAACCUUAAAAGUUCACCAAAACAUUCAUACGGAUAACAGACCAUAUAAAUGUAAAUAUUGUGGUAAAGGUUUCCGCCAAGUGUCAACUGAACAGAAUCACCGUAGAAUACAUACUGGGGAGAAACCAUACAUGUGUCACAUCUGUGGCAAGUCGUUCCAUGAUCGUGGACAUUUCCAUUCUCACAAGAAAUCCAGUCACAAGAAUGAA